GAGCGAUUGGCUAGGAUUGGAAAUCCCCGCUUAUUUUCUUGGUAAAGGAGGAAGGAAGGAAGGGAAUUUGCAGUCAAGCUUACUUGAACCAAGUCCUGAAUCCUGUUGUUUUUCCUUGGCUUGACUCCUUAACAGCGAAGCAAAAGGAGGAGUUCUUGUUUAUGGAAGACGGGGCAAAAAUCCACAAGGGUGCGGCAAAGCUACCCCGCAAGUUGCGUGGAUUGCGUGGGUUUAAUUGGCCUCCCUCUUCUCCCGAUUUGAAUCCAAUUGAGAAGGUAUGGCGAUGGAUGAAAAAUGAGAUUACAAAGUUGGAAACUAUUCCUACUUCAAUUGAGGAUAUAAAGGAGGUUUUACAAGAGCUAUGGAGCGAAGUUGAUCCAACGGAUUGGCGAUAUUUGACAGAGAGGCUCACUUGUAAGCUAGAAGACGUAAUUGCUAGUAAGGGAAUGGCUACUAUACACUAAAGCC